CUUAAUUUGAUCAAUACUUUUCCCAAUCAAAUAUCUGUCUAUAUUAUCCCUCUGGUAAAUGAGCUCCUUAUUAACAGCAACUAUGAGAAAUCACAUGAUCUCCCUCUUUCUCUUGCUCUCUCUUCUAGAGUUAUUUGCUUCCUUUUCUACUUCUACUUCUUCUAAGCUCUCAGACUGCAAACCAAGCUCAUACCUUUGUGGUGGCCAUGACUGCAACAUUUCCUACCCAUACCGUGUUCCGGGCAUGCCCAACUACUGUGGCCAUCCGGCCUUCGAACUCACCUGCAAGGACAACAACACAAAACACUCCAUGUUGACAAUGGAAAUCUCCGGCAGGGAGUACAAAGUCAAGGGCAUUUACUACGACGAUCGAGUCAUCUCCCUCGUAAACUCCAACUCUUUGGGUGAAACCUGCCCUCGUUCUUUCAGCAACAUAACAGUUGACCACUCGCUCUUCAACUACACCGACUAUGAUAUCAUCAUGACUCUAUUCUUCAACUGCACGAAUGAAACCUCUCGAUUCAAUCUCAGAAGUGUUACCUGUCCUGGGAGUGACAACACUACUAAGAGUAUGUACAACUCAUAUUAUAGACUGCCGCAAGAUCCUCCACCACAGUUGGCCGAGAUGUCGAAGAACUGUGGUAUGAUCGUGCAGAUUCCGAUGUUUGAUGGCGAUGCGGAGCCGCUGGCCAAAGGAAGGCUGGAUUUCUUGGGUGUACUGCAAAACGGGUUCGAUUUGAACUGGAUGGUUGGUGACGGAUGGUGUAAAGCGUGUGAAGAUUCAAGUGGCGUCUGCGGGCGUGAUGCUGAUGUGCCAGGAAGGCCGGCGUGCUUUUGCCCUGACGGCAGCACCACUGGGAGCGCGUGCGGUACGUCAUAA